AUGAAUUCCUUAUUGGCACGUUAUUCUUCUCUUAUUCGUCUACUUCGUAAAUAUUGGACAUCUGUCACAAUUGAAAAUGUUAAAGAUAUACUUGAUGAAAUUGUUUCAUAUUUAAAUAAAAUUAAUAAUAAACAAGAUGGUUUUUAUAUUUUAACAAUAAUUUGUCAUGAAUUUACAAGUAUUAAUACAUUAAAAAUAUUUAAUAAUCCAAUUAUUAUUGAUCAUCAAUUAUUUGUUUAUAUUGGACGUACAUUUGAAAUGUUAUUAACAAAAUCUAAUCAUUCACAUCAUAUAUCAAUGACAAAAGUAGAAGAAGAUUGUUUUUAUGCAACAAGUUAUUUCAUAGCAUAUUUAUGUUUAUAUCGUAAUGAACCAUUGAUACAUAUUUAUUCAACUCAAACUCCGAAUGAUCUUUAUCUAUCUUGUAAACAGAAUUGUUACGAAUCACAAGAUGAUUGGCAAAAACAAUAUGUUUUUGAUUUUUCGGCAGAAAAAUAUGGAAAAUCAUAUCAAGAAAUCUUUUUGAGAAAACAAUGUUUAGAUAAAUUUAUACAUGCUAUUGAAGAUUUAUCUGUUAAUGAAUAUAAAUCAUAUCAUGUUAAAUAUAAAGUUGUUGAUAGACUUAUUCGUCUAUGUUCAAAAUUGAAUAUUGUUAAUUCAUCAUUAUUAGACGCAAUAGCUAAAUGUUUAUGUUCAAAAUAUUAUCUUCGUGUAUUAGAAACAGUUGAUAUUUGUCAACCAAUAUUUGAUCCAAAACAAUCAUUUUUUAUUCGUGAAUGUCCAGAAUUUAUUAUUCAACAUAGUUUAAAUCGACAAGAUAAAAUAGCUCAAUCAUUGUGUAAAACAAUAUUUGGAUAUACUGAAACAAUUUUUAAUAAACAUUUACAAAUUAUAUUAAAUGGUGAAGGUAUAUUAACUAAAAAUCAGGGUGGUGAAGUGAUUGAAGAAGAAACGGGUGCAAGAAUGCAAGCAUUAGUUCAUCACAUUAAAUUAUUAAAUUAUUUUGCAUCAACACCGUCAACGCGAAAAGAGUUUAUUUCUAGUCAAAUAAUUGAUCAAAUUUUAAAGAUAUUAACUAGUGGAGCAUUGGUAGACAAUAUAUAUGAAAAUGAACAAUUAUUUCAUGUGGAUGUUGGUGUUACGUUUUAUUCAAUAAUACUUUUAUAUAAUCUCGUCCUCGAUCAACAAUUAUUUACGAUUUUAGAACAAAAAAAUGUUGCUGUUAUUUGCGAAAGAUUUCAUUCAGCAAAAGACAGACAAAUUCAAUUUGCGUCACAAACACUGUCAGCAAUCAUAACGCAUGGAAUGAAUAUUGAUGAAAUCAACGAUCCAGACAAAUUCUCGAUAGCCUACUUUCGUUAUGUAGCAAAUAUGGUCGAUAAGUCAAGACAAACACAGCAAGAGAAUGCAUCAAAAAAUUUCAAAGGAAUAAGCCGAAUGUAUCGUUCAGACCAAAAAGUUGGAGGUAAAUUUUUGACAAAACCAUUUCUGGAGAAACUUAAAGGUGACAUUGAAGAUUUAACCGUUAAUGACCAUGAAUCACACCGUAAUAUAUGCAAAAAUACCAACAGAAGUGUCCGUAUUUGUUCAAAAAUGGAUACAAAUAAAGUUAAAUCGCUAUUAGAUCCAAUAAUUAGAUGUUUACGAUCAGAACGUUAUCUCAGCAUAUUUGAAACAAUUGUGCUUCAUCAACCGAAACGAACUGCUGGAGCUGUUAGAGAAAGACAUGAACUGGAUCCGAAACAAUCAUUGUUUAUUCGUGAAUGUCCAGAAUUUAUUAUUCAACAUAGUUUAAAUCGACAAGAUGAAAUAGCUCAAUCAUUGUGUAAAACAAUAUUUGGAUAUACUGAAACAAUUUUUAAUAAACAUUUAUCAACCAUAAUCGGAGGCGAAGAAACAAAUGAGCGCGAUGAAAUGAUGGAAAAAAGUAUGGGAAUCGAAGCACUGGGUUGUCACAUUAAAUUAUUAAAUUAUUUUGCAUCAACACCGUCAACACGAAAAGAAUUUAUUUCUAGUCAAAUUAUUGAUCAAAUUUUAAUGAUAUUAACUAGUGAUAAUGAGCAACUGUACCAUCCUGAUGCUGGCGUUAUUUCCUACUCGAUAACACUUUUAUACAAUCUGAUGUUUGAAAAACAAUUAGUUGCAGUUUUAAAAGAAAAAAAUAUUUCUAAUAUUUGUUCAAAAUUACAACUAAGAAAAGAUAAACGAAUUCAAUUUGCAUCACAAACAUUGCUAGUAACAUUAGAUGAAAAAAUAGAUAUCGAUACCAUUCAUGAUCCAGACAAAUUAUUACAAGCUUUUAUAUAUUAUAUCAAGAAUAGUAUUGAUGAAUUAAGACAAUCGCACGAUGGAGUUAAAUUAGAUGGUGUAUUAGAAAAGUUUAAAAUUAUUAUUAAAAAUGAAAUAAUUAAAGAAAAAAUUGUUGAAGACAAAGAAGGUUUACUGCUGAUAACAAAAUGCGUAUAUGGUAAAUUUGAUGAAUCAACGAUUCAACUGCCCGCUUUAGAUAUUAUACGAGAAAUAAUGUUUUUUGGACCAAAAGCAAUUGAAAAAUUAAAAAAUAAUGAUUUAUUGAUUGACAAACUUGUAUCUCUAUCAAACGAAGAGACAGACAAUGCAUCUAUAUUGAUAAAAACGAUAAAAAAAAUGAAAAAAAAAGCAGCCGCUCUUAUGUGGAACAUUGGUAACGAACAAGCGUCUAUUUUAAAACGAAAAGAAAAAGAGAAACAACAAUCAAGAACAACAACGGAUGAAACCAUAGGUGAGUUAUUCUUGCCAGAGUAUCAGUUAUCUGAUACUUUUGAUUUAAUAAUAAGUUACUGUUAUAUUGAUAAACAAAUUUGUCAUAAAAUCUAUAAUCGUUUAAUGGCAACAAAUUCGUAUCGGAUAUGGAUUAAUAAAGACAACAAUUCUAGCGGUUUACAAUUACAAGCAAUUAAUAACUCAAAAAUGGUUCUUGUAUGUAUGUCAAGUAAAUAUCGUGAAUCACAAACGUGUAUGACAGAAAUUGAAUAUGCUAAUAAACAAAAACGUCCCAUUAUACCAUUGUUAGUGGAAUCAAAGUAUAAACCAAAGGGAUGGCUGAAUGUGAUGAUCGGUAGUCAAGGUAACAUUGACUUUACAGUGGCAAAAGAUUUUGAUUCUUCUAUUUUUGAAUUAAUCCGAAAAAUUGAUGUAAUAAAAAAUCCUGAUGAAACAUAA